UUGUAAUUAUUUUCCAAGUAAGAUUUCAUAUUUAUGACAAGAACAAAAAUAAACAAAUGCACACGUAUAGCAUUUGAUAAUUUGAAUAAAAGCCCCCAUCGCCGAGUUUGGCGCGCAUGCAUCUGCGCAAGUGAGGUGAGGUUAGGUCUACAGAUAACCGCAAAAGCAUGUGCAUCAGUGUGUACCAAAACUAACGCAUAUUAAUAAAUAAACAACUCAAAAAUAUAACGUAUUGAUUUUCCCAACUACAACGAAUCUGAAGCACACGCCCAAGAGAGAAGUGCAUAGUGAUAAGGAGCGAAUCUUCGGAAAAUCGUGCAGGUAAAACUGCAAUCAUGGUCUACAAAUUGCCAGAGUCCGAAUUGAUAGCGCAAGGAGCGGAGGCGCGACUUUACAAGGGAACGUAUCUCGGAAAAACCGUGCUGAUAAAGGAGCGGUUUGAGAAAAAAUACAGACACCCUGAUUUGGAUACGCGACUGACCAAAGAGAGGAUCAAGGCUGAGGCUCGUGCAAUUGUCCGAGCGAAAACCGCAGGCGUCGGUACACCGGCUCUUUACCUCGUCGAUUUCAAUCGUCGCAGCAUUUUUAUGCAGUUCAUCGAAAAUGCUACGAUGCUGAAAACUUUUAUCGAACAGUACAUUACCGGUAAAGACGAUGAUACAGCGAAAAUUUUGAUGAAUAAUGUUACAAGUGCGCUCGGUCAAGCGGUAGCCAAACUUCAUUCGAAAAAUAUCGUUCACGGGGACUUGACAACGUCAAAUAUUCUUCUGAAAGAUGCGGAAAGCUUGGCGAAUGCCAAAGCAGAAACUGAUGUUUCGGAACAACUAGUAGUUAUUGAUUUUGGCUUAGCGAGGGUGGAAUCUACAUCUGAAGAUGCCGCCGUAGAUUUGUACGUCUUAGAAAGGUCGUUGUCAAGCGCUCACGCGCAAGUUCCUGAACUUUUUGGAUUGAUUUACAAAAGCUAUCAAAAGUUCUUCAAGAACAAGUCUCACUUAAAAGAAGUAAUAAGCAAAUACGAGGAUGUAAAGGCGCGUGGUCGUAAACGUACUAUGGUUGGUUAAUAAAUUACAAUUAGUCAGAUCUUGGUUUUUAGCCUACUGGACACAUGAACCUGAUGUGCUCAGCGAAUAAAUGUAUAUUUUUCUUUUUAUACGUAUUAAUAUCUCAUAAAGUGGUUUACGUCAAAAUGGUUUUUAUAAAUGUUUGUUAAAAAGGAAUGUCACAAGGUACUCCAUAAAUCAAUUGUUCAUCCUUUUACACAUUUUUAUCAAGCUUGGCUGCAGUGGAAGAGAUG